AACUCGGUGACAGCUGUUUGACAGCUCCACUUUUAUUUUCGUAAGAAAUACCUUCUCUUCGCGAAUAAAGCUUUUUGUUGAUUGUAUUUGUUUGUUCAUUGUGUAUUCCGCAUUGAACUAUUAACUAUUUUUGUGUAUAUAUUUGUGUACGCCACAUAGUAAUGUGAAGUAAGAUGUGUAACACUAUUAAUAGAUUGAGCCGCAGUUAGUUUGAUGAAUCGUCUGAUUGUGAUGGUUGAUCAGACAUAUUGACGAGUUAUUUAGCAACAAUGGGCAGGAGAGAGGAGCCCGCUUGGGCCAGCGGCACCGUGGGGCUGGUUGCGGCCAGGGAGCGCGGGGACCUCGACAGAAAGUUUCAGACUCGGCUGACGGUGACUCGGCCUAUGAUCGACAGAUUGGGGCUCGAGAAGGAGCUUCACGGACAUAUGGGAUGCGUUAAUUGCUUGGAAUGGAACCACGACGGAUCAAUACUGGCAUCAGCAUCAGACGAUCUCCACGUAAUGCUGUGGGAUCCUUUCCGCUACAAAGAGCUUAUGAACAUAUCUACAGGACACACUGGGAACAUAUUCUCUGUAAAGUUCCUCUCUCCGGACGUGAUAGCGACGUGCGCGGCGGACGGCACGGUGCGAGCGCGCGGCAUCCGCUCCAACACGCCGCUGCUGGAGUGCGUGUGCCACUGCGCCCGCGUCAAGCGCCUCGCGACUGCGCCCGACAACCCGCACCUGCUGUGGUCUGCGGGCGAGGAUGGACUCAUACUCCAACACGACCUGCGAACUUCCCACAGCUGUAACCCCGACUCGGCCAAUGUUCUGGUGAAUCUACUGAACCACCUCGGUCGGUACGCCGAAGCGAAGUGUGUGGCCGUCAACCCCCGGCGUCCCUACCAACUGGCUGUGGGCGCCAACGACUUCUAUGUGAGGCUGUACGAUACCAGGAUGAUCAAACUCGCUAGGUUACAGGUGAACGCGCCGGCGUCGCGGCAGAUGUGGGAGCGGCAGAACAUGCGCUGCUCCCGCGCCGGCCACGGCGACCCCGACAACAACAUCCCCCGCGCCGCCGUGCACUACUUCGCGCCCGGUCAUCUGUCUAUGGAGCCCAAUGAACACACUUUCCCCAAGAAGGCGACUACGUAUGUCGCCUUCAGCAACGAUGGCAAUGAGCUGCUCGUCAAUCUUGGUUCUGAACAGGUCUACCUAUUCGACAUAAACUCAGCGCGGCGUCCCGUCUUAGUAGAGAGCUUCAUCAUCCAACACAACCACGGCAACCGAGCCGGAGACCCCAAGCUGUCCCCGCGCAACGGCACCAACGGCACCACCCUGCCGCCGCCACACCUGCCCGACAGGGUGCGGCAGCUCAAGGAGAUGGCGAACGACUUCGUGAACAAGGGCAACUACUCGACGGCGGUGGAGCUGUACAACGACGCCAUCGCCGCCUGCCCCGACUGCGCCAUCCUCUACUCCAACCGCGCCGCCGCGCUCAUGCGACGCGGCUGGUCAGGCGACACAUACGCCGCAAUAAAAGACUGCUACAAAGCUAUCAAGCUGGACUCGUCCCACGUCAAAUCCCACUUCCGUCUGGCCAAAGGUCUGAUGGACCUCAAGCGGGCCCGGGAAGCACAUGAGUGUCUCCUCUACUUCAAGGACAAGUUUCCAAGACAUGCGACCAGUCAUGCAGUGUUCCUGCUGCAGAAGGAUAUCAAUGUGGCUCUUGAGAGUAUGGAGACUACGCCCGAUGAAGUUGAAACUCCAGCAGCCACGGAAUCUGAGGACAGCCAGCCCACCAGCGUGCUGGAGCGGCAGUUACGUACCGCCGCCUUGGACUACUCGCAGAGGUUCCUUGGACAUUGUAACACUACCACGGAUAUUAAAGAGGCCAACUUUCUGGGCCCUGAUGCUAAUUAUAUUGCUGCUGGUUCUGACGACGGCAGCAUGUUCAUCUGGUGCCGCAAGUCGGGCAACAUCAUCCGCUGCCUCCGAGGAGACGACUCCAUCCUGAACUGCAUACAGCUGCACCCCUCCAUGUUCCUGCUGGCCACCAGCGGCAUCGAGACCGUCGUGCGGCUGUGGAGCCCUAGGCCUGAGGACGGCAAAGAGGAGUCGCGUAUAAUCCGCGACGCGGGGUCAGCGGCGCAGGCCAACCAGCAGCGCAUGCGCAGCGACCCGUUCGAGGCCAUGCUGCUCAACAUCAGCUUCGCCGGCGGCGCCGAGCGGGACCUGCACUCGCCCGCCUGCAGGCCUACUUAGGUAACACCAGAUAAAUUAUUAAACAAUAUUUAUAGCGGUUAGGAGCGCGGGCGAUAAGAUACAUUGUAAUCAUCAGUCGAGUCAUUUGUAAAUAGUUACUAUUAUAGACAUUAUUACAUAUAAUUAUUAAUACGGAGUUAUCAUUAUUUUCCACCUUUUUAAGUUUUACUUUACGAUUUUGUACUACGUGUUAGAGAUCCUACGUUUGAUAGGGUUUAGGAAAAGUAACAAUGAAAUACGCUCUCUUUCUGUCUAGUCGCUGGUUCGACUCCUGAACAAAGAAAUGAAUUUUAUACAAGUUAUUAAGAUAUACUUGAACGGAAAACUGUUUGUAUAACUGUAUACAGCGUGUUGCAAAGGUAGGUACCCAUAGCCAAUGUAUAUACAUGUUGUAUUAAAAACACAUGUUCUUGUUGACUAAAACAAAAUAUAUUUGCUUCAAAAGGUUUGAGUGAUAAACAUAUCUUGCUCAAUUUAUCUCUAGUGCGUAGUACAAUAUCAUUUUAGUUGUUUCCGUGUGCAAAGUAUCGACAAGGUGCCAAGUUUGUUUUGUUUUUAUUUCCACUUUUUGUAUAUUUUUUUAUGAUGAUGUCAAUUCGGGGUUUUAUAAUAAAGCGUUUGUUUAAAAUUAUUUUUUGGUUGUUAUGUGUCAAAAUAAAAAUGGUGGCUAAGGAAUCGAUAGUUUACGGAGAUAUUUUGUAUUUAAUGUUAAAGAGACACUAGUGAAACUUAUAUUGGAAAAUAAUACAUAUUUAUAAUAUAUUUUGACAUAGAUAUAGUUACAAGAACUGAAAUAUAAUCAUGAGUCAUAGUCUAUGGUAAUCUGCUGUAAGGAGUUUGGUGACGUGGGGCUGUGGCGGAUGACGGCUGUCUAUGGUAGUGAGACUAAAUACAAGUAUACUUUUAAUAAAAGAACUCAUUGAAAA